AUGGCCUCAACGCGGUACAGAGUGUUUGAGAAGUCGGGCGGCCUGGGCGAAGUCGUGCAGGUGACCGUAAGAGACGUAGGCGUGAACACCGGGGAAAACACACCCGCACUCUUCGUUUCACCACUGCGGGAUACCGCAGCGUCAACGGGUGGCAGGUUGUUUUGCCCGUACAACGAAGCUGCGUGCGCUGCCUGCGCACAUAGGCAGCAGCGCAUGCAGCGGCUGGAGGCGCGGGUGGCGCAGCUGGAGCAGCAGUUGCGCGUCAACGACAUUCUGGGUGCGUUGAUGAGUAGUAUGGAGGUGCAGCGGACGGCCCCCAGAAAGGACGGCGGUGCGAGACGCUCACGGUCGUCGCGUUCACGUUUCUCGCCUGAGCAGAAGGCGGAGGCGGAGGCGUCAAAUGAGACACUGCUGGAGAUGAUGCAAGAGGAGCUCAAGCGUCAGGAUCUGCUUCACGCCUUGAUGGACCUUAUGGAGCGUCCAACGCAUGCGGAACGGAUGGAGAUCAUGAAACCCGUGCCGAAAACGGCGGUGAAACUUUUGUUUACUCCUCCCAAGAAAGCGUCCUCUGGUGCCGUGGCAAAAAGUACGAUGUAA